GCCUCCUAGUGGCCAGAGCCAGGGCCUCGCGACUCGCAGCCCCUAGAUGACCCUAGGGUCGCAGGGCUCAUGGGCACCUCCGAGGCCGCGCAGCCGCCGUUCGCGCGCGUCGCCCCCGCGCUCUUCAUCGGGACUGCGCGAGCCGCGGGCGCGACGGAGCUGCUGGUGCGCGCGGGCAUCACCCUGUGCGUCAACGUCUCCCGCCAGCAGCCCGGGCCGCGCGCACCCGGAGUGGCCGAGCUGCGCGUGCCCGUGUUCGACGACCCAGCCGAGGACCUGCUGACGCACCUGGAGCCCACCUGCGCCGCCAUGGAGGCCGCGGUGCGCGACGGCGGCUCCUGCCUCGUGUACUGCAAGAACGGCCGCAGUCGCUCAGCCGCCGUCUGCACCGCCUACCUCAUGCGGCACCGCGGCCGCAGCCUGGAUCGCGCCUUCCAGAUGGUGAAGAGCGCCCGCCCGGUAGCCGAGCCCAAUGUGGGUUUCUGGGCUCAGCUGGAGAAGUAUGAACAGACCCUUCAGGCCCAGGCCAUCCUGCCCCGGGAACCCACUGAUCCUGAUUCAGACACAGCCUCGCUUAGACACCUGUUUCCAUCAGAGCCCUGCAAAUGUAGCCACGAUCUAAAGUAAUAGUGGGUGAAGAGCAAAGAACCACGUUGGCUACGUGUGUAAAUUACAGAUGUGUGUCCUCUGGUUAAUCGGUGAAUAAAUAAGAAAGUGGAUAAAC